AUUCAAUGCCCUAGACUAGACUUCCCAUCCUCACAUAAACCCCAACUCUGAAAACCUGUGAGAGGCAUUUCCCUCGAGCUCAAGUUUCGUCUCUCAAAUGGCGAUUUCGGUUUGAGACGUUAGGGUUCCUCUUCGACGCUUCACUGCAUAUACAAUGUUCGGAGCUCAACAGUCCUCCUCCGCCUUCGGCACUCCACAAUCAACUCCGGCCUUUGGCACUUUGCGAUCAACUCCGGCCUUUGGCACUUUGCGAUCAACUCCGGCCUUUGGCACUCCGCAGUCAACUCCGGCAUUUGGCACUCCACAAUCGACUCCAGCAUUUGGCACGCCGGCGUCCACUCCUGCCUUCGGAACUCCAUCGGCAUCUCCCGCAUUUGGAAACCUUUCAACUCCUGCCUUCGGAACUCCAUCUACAUCGUCUUUUGCCACCGGCUUCGGUUCGUCUCUCUUCUCCACUCCAUUCUCUUCUCAGCCUUUACAACAGCAACAGCAGCAGCAGCAAUCGCCGCUGUUUCAGCAGCGAGGCGCCACAGGAUUCGGUUUCCAGACUCCGUUUGCAGCGCCUCAGUCCAGUCCAUUUCCAAAUGCUCAACUGAUCACUCAGAUGGCGCCGGUGGCACCGCUUCCUUUCUGCCUGGCUGAUCGAGAUAUUCAAGCAAUUGUUGAGGCAUACAAGGACGACGCAGGAAACCCUAAGUAUGCUUUCAAGCAUUUGUUGUUCAGUGUAACUGAUCCUCAAUAUAGGGCGAAGCCUGCAGGUGUAUCGGAUACAAUGUGGGCUGAGGCAAUGGCAAAACUAGAAGGCAUGGAAAGUGCGGAUAGAGAGCGAUUGUGGCCACAGCUUGUUCAAGGAUUUAAGGAUUUAUCUCAGCGCUUGAAGAUUCAAGAUGAAGUCAUUCUCGCUGAUGCUGAGAGGCUGCGGAUGACCCAAAGCAAUGUCAAAAUGCUUCAGAGGCACUUUCUUGCUGAUACUCUACCAUGGGUUCAAAGAUUGAAACAGAAGGAGCAAGGUCUUCAAAGGCGUCUUUUGAGAGUCAUGAGAAUUGUGGAGGCACUAGAAAGUAAGGGUUGCCGAGUGCCUGUAAUGAAAGGAGAGGCUGAAUUGGCAGAGAAGUUAAGUUUGAUAACGAGGCAGUUCAAAGAAUCUGGGGCAGAGCUUUCAAGAAGGGUGCAAAAUUUGCUUAUGAUUACUCGUGGCCAACCAAAUGGCUCUGGUGCUGGUAAUUCCAUCUAUCUUCAAGGAUCUGCAAAAAUACACGAACAGAGUCUUGCUGAUAUGCAGGAGGUUUUGCAGCAGCAGACGGAGGCCAUUGCUAGACUUGGAACUGUGUUGAAGCGAGACGUUAGAGACAUGGAAAUCAUAAUGGCUGAAGACAACGAGAUGACAGAUGAUCCGAGUUAAAGGGGGGAAUUGAAUUCACAUUUCUAGCCAUUGUUUUUGUUUUGUCAUAUACUUCGCAUGAUUUUUCCAUCCAAAAGGCAAAAUUAAAAUCCGUUUUCAAAAUUCUUAUGUACUGCACAAGUAAUUUUGGAACUGCUGGCCGACAUCUGUUUUGAGAGAUGCUGGUUGGUCAGUACCUUGUUAAGGUAGGUUCAACUUGAACUGCUUAAUACCCAUGCGAUUUUGAAUCAAUGCAGUGUUGAAGGCUGAGAACUGUAAUCGUUAUGCAGCGUGAAACAGUUGCUAUGUUGGGUCUCUUAACGUUGCCAGCAUUAUCAUCAGCAAGACCUUGGAUUCAUCUUUUCCUUUGUCAGGUGAGGUGACUGACUCUCUCACUCAUCAAAUAUAACCUUUAAAAUCUCUUGCAUUUGGGGAUGUUAGGCCUCUUAUUAACUUAAAGGUUAGGUGUAUAGUAUGUUCAUAGUUGUUAGGUAUGCUUAUGUGAGUAAGCCCAACCCUUCGAGGUCAGGUAUGUUUAUAUGAGGGACUUUGGUGGGAGUGAAAUUUGCUUGGUCACAAACUGGCCAAGGAUUUGGGGGCGGGGGCAAAAUCUGGAGAAAGUGCAAACAUCACGAAUGCUGAGGGAGAACGUUGAUGAUAUAGGCCAGACUUAAUUAAAGGGACAUCAAAAUUUUUAUGUGAAAAAUUGAAUUCGCAUCUCGUAACGUUGAAAUAUCAGAUUUAGCUUAUAUAUAUAUAUUGAAACUUUUGUCUUCCAAA